AUGGCGACCACAAACUCUGAUGCCGCGGACAACAAGAUCUACGCCCUCAUCAACUACGAAGACCCCUACGUCCAACCCCUUAUCAUCGCCGCACUUGAGAAGCGCUUGCCAAACUCAUCCUACGAGUUAAUAUCCUCCAUCUCCCAACUCCCCUCCCCCUCCUCCCGCCUCCUCCAAUGGGUCCAGUAUGAGUCCAUCGACUUCGACCACCUCAUGGAAAAUUCCUCCACUUCCAUGGCCAACGCCUACAUAAUCCGCAAAGCCCUAAUCCGGAAACACUACCUCAGCACCACCAUCGCGAAUUGGAUAACCAAAUACCCCGAUAGCGUACUCAAGAAACAUGUAAAACCGAGUGUGGAGUUUGAAGUCGACUAUGCGGAGUUUCUAGACGACGCGUUGGUUGAAGCGUGGGAGUUGAAGGAGAGUUGGGCGCGGAAUGAGAGUCAAGAAGAUGAGAAGAAGAAGGAAUGGUGGAUUUUGAAACCGGGGAUGAGUGAUAGGGGGCAGGGGAUUAGGCUGUUUAGCAGUGAGGAGGAGUUGACUGAGAUUUUCGAGGAGUGGGAUCCUGAGAGUGAUGAUGAGGAUGGAGAAGAGGAGGAGGAUGCGAGAAGUGACGCCGGCGGCGAUGUUAGUCGUAAAGGAGAGGAGAAGGAAGAGAAAGAAGAGGGAAACGGCAUCAUAACAUCCCAACUCCGCCACUUCAUCGCACAACCUUACAUCCACCCCCCGUUGCUCCUGUCCCCUCCCAACGCCCCCUCUCCAGAACUGCGCAAAUUCCACAUCCGCACAUAUGUCCUCGCCACCUCCGCUCUCCAAGUCUUCGUUUACCGGCCCAUGCUUGCAUUGUUCGCUGCGCGGCCCUACGUGCCUCCGUGGGAUGACGUGUUACAGGAAGAUCGCGAUGAGGCUAUGAGAGCGCAUCUGACGAAUACGUGUUUGCAAGAGUCAGGGGAUAGGGAGGGGAGUGUGGGGUUGUUCUGGUCUCUCCCCGACUCUUUACCUCCACAACCAGACCUCGGGUCUGUCAGACUAGAGAGUGAACCAGACUGGAAGGACAGAGUAUUCGAGCAGAUCAAGGAAACAACGGGUGCGACAUUCGAAGCUGCGGCGAGGGGGAUGUCGAUUCAUUUCCAGCCGCUGCCUAACAGCUUCGAGAUUUUUGGGCUGGAUUUCAUGGUGGGGAUUGAGGAGAAUGGGGGACUGAACACGUAUCUGUUGGAGGCAGACGGGGAGCGAGUUGAGUGGGAUGAUUGA